UAAGCCCGCGGGGGUGGUGGCCCCGGCAGCGUCGCGCUCCCGCCACUCCGAGCCCUCGGUCCCCGCGCACUGACCCCACGUCACUUGUGCCAGGACAGACCUUCGCCCACGAACCGUGCUCAGGAUUGGAACAUCGGUUAACAUCUGACCACUGCCAGCCCAUCCCCUCCCACCCACGUUGGUCAUACCUCUGGGCCCAAGAGAGAAAGCAGAUCUUGGAGUGCACCAUGAUUUCUCCAUUCUUAGUGCUGGCCAUUGGCACCUGCCUCACCAGCUCCUUAGUGCCAGAGAAAGAGAAAGACCCCAAGUACUGGAGAGACCAAGCUCAGCAGACCCUCAGAAAUGCCCUAAGACUUCAGAAGCUCAACACCAACGUGGCUAAGAAUAUCAUCAUGUUCCUGGGAGAUGGGAUGGGUGUUUCCACGGUGACGGCCACCCGCAUCCUCAAGGGUCAGCUCCACCACAGUCCCGGGGAGGAGACCAGGCUGGAGAUGGACAAGUUCCCUUUCGUGGCCCUCUCCAAGACAUACAACACCAACGCUCAGGUCCCUGACAGUGCAGGCACUGCCACUGCCUACUUGUGUGGGGUCAAGGCCAAUGAGGGCACUGUGGGGGUGAGUGCAGCCACCCAGCGAACCCAGUGCAACACAACUCAGGGGAACGAGGUCACCUCCAUCCUACGCUGGGCCAAGGACGCUGGCAAAUCUGUGGGCAUCGUGACCACCACGAGAGUGAACCACGCCACCCCCAGUGCCGCCUACGCCCACUCUGCUGACCGCGACUGGUACUCGGACAACGAGAUGCCCCCGGAGGCCCUGAGCCAGGGCUGCAAGGACAUUGCCUACCAGCUCAUGCACAAUGUCAAGGACAUCGAGGUGAUUAUGGGGGGUGGCCGGAAGUACAUGUUCCCCAAGAAUAGAACUGAUGUGGAGUAUGAGAUGGACGAGAAGGCCAGGGGCACGAGGCUGGACGGCCUGAACCUCAUUGACAUCUGGAAGAGCUUCAAACCCAAACACAAGCACUCCCACUAUGUCUGGAACCGCACCGAACUCCUGACCCUAGACCCCUCCAGCGUGGACUACCUCUUGGGUCUCUUUGAGCCGGGGGACAUGCAGUACGAGCUGAACAGGAAUAGCACGACUGACCCGUCACUCUCCGAGAUGGUGGAGAUUGCCAUCAAGAUCCUGAAUAGGAACCCUGAAGGCUUCUUCUUGCUGGUGGAAGGAGGCAGGAUUGACCAUGGGCAUCAUGAAGGCAAAGCCAAGCAGGCGCUGCAUGAGGCGGUGGAGAUGGACCAGGCGAUCGGAAAGGCCGGCACCAUGACGUCCCUGGAAGACACACUGACCGUCGUCACUGCGGACCACUCCCACGUCUUCACCUUCGGCGGGUAUACCCCCCGCGGCAACUCUAUCUUCGGUCUGGCCCCCAUGGUGAGUGACACAGAUAAGAAGCCCUUCACCUCCAUCCUGUACGGCAACGGGCCUGGCUACAAGGUGGUAGGCGGUGAGCGAGAGAACGUCUCCAUGGUGGACUACGCCCACAACAACUACCAGGCGCAGUCUGCCGUGCCCCUGCGUCACGAGACCCACGGCGGCGAGGACGUAGCGGUCUUCGCCAAGGGUCCCAUGGCGCACCUGCUGCAUGGCGUCCACGAGCAGAACUACAUUCCCCACGUGAUGGCUUACGCCGCCUGCAUCGGUGCCAACCUUGACCACUGUGCCUCGGCCAGCUCGGCGGGUGGCCCUUCUCCAGGCCCCCUGUUCCUCCUGCUGUCCCUGCCCGCCUUGGGCAUCCUGUUCUGAGGGCCCACUGCCCAGGCACCCACUUGCCUGUGACAGACGGCCAGCUUCCCUCUCUCAGCGCGGCCCGCCACCUGGGAGCCACACCUCAGGGGCCCUCACAGCCUCAACAGCUGCCAGAGAGAGGACCCAGGAAACCAAAGUCUGCCGCCCGCCUGGCUCCCCUCUGGAACCCUCCACUGGCACCAGACCCGUUCCUGGCCUCCAGCCUCUGCUCCCCUCCCCCGCUGCCCCUUUGGCCAGCAGAGUAGGUCUGUCUCGGGCAGGCAGAGAACACAGACUGCCGGAAUUCGCAAAGCAUCUUAUUUUUCUAGCAAACAUAUUUCUCCAGGCCUGGAGGCCCUAAAGCCUCCAUGGAACAUUCCGGAUCUGACCUUCCCACUCCCCUCCCCUCCUGGAAUCACCAGGCCCCAUCAUGCUCAUGUCCCUACCCGCAGGGGAGACCGAGAGCUCCCCCGCAGGAUGGGGGUUUGCUCACUCAUUCUAAGGCCGUCAGGGGCUCCCAGGAAGCGAACUGGGAUGGGCCAUCCAACCCAGGGUGACCCGGGCUGGCAAGAGCCACCUGGACAGGCAGACACAUCCCGGCUCUUAACACACAUGCCCACUCCUCUCUGAUUCGACACUCCUGUUUGGAAUAGCAAUUUUUUUUUUUCUCUUUUUGGUGUUGGUUAAAAGGGAACACAAAACAUUUAAAUAAAACUUUCCAAAUA